AACCUCUUCCCCCUCAUUGUGGUCCAAUGUCUCACCCUCAGUGCCCUUCGGUGGUCAGUAAAGGUUAGGAGCGGGACCUUGAGCUCUCUUUCUCUCUCGUUCAUCUAACGGGCUCCUCAGAGUCACCCGAACGUGCCCAACCAUGUCGGACAACGAGGAAGUAGUGGAGGAGUAUGAGGAGGUGGAAGAAGAAGAAGAAGAAGAAGAUGAGGUCGUUGAAGGGGAGCAAGACGUAGAAGGGCAGGGGGAGGAGGAGCUGACCGAGGAAGGGACUGCCCAGCAGGAAGACAAACCUGCUGGUGCAGAGGAGGCUGAUGAGGAAGGUGAAGAAGGGGAAGCGGAGGAGGGAGAAGAAGAAGAAGCCAAACCAAAGUUCAAGCCUUUUAUCAUGCCCAACCUAAUCCCUCCUAAGAUACCAGAUGGAGAAAGGGUGGAUUUUGAUGACAUACACCGUAAGAGAAUGGAGAAAGACCUGAUGGAGCUGCAGACUUUGAUUGAGGUUCACUUUGAAGGCAGAAAGAAGGAAGAAGAGGAGCUCAUUAGCCUCAAAGAAAGAAUUGAGAAACGCCGCUCUGAGCGUGCAGAGCAGCAAAGGAUCCGCAGUGAGCGAGACAAAGAACGUCAAAAGCGGCUGGAGGACGAGAAGGCUCGUAAAGAAGAGGAAGAGGCAAAGAAAAGGGCAGAAGAUGAUGCAAAGAAGAAGAAAACCCUGACCAGCCUCCACUUCGGAGGCUACAUGCAAAAGCUGAACGAGAAGCGGAGUGGAAAGAGACAGACGGAGAGAGAGAAGAAAAAGAAGAUUCUGAGCGAAAGACGCAAAUCUUUGGACAUCGACAAGUUGAGUCAGGAUGGACUCAAGGAGAAAGCCAAGGAGCUGUGGGAGUGGAUGUACCAGCUGGAGGCAGAGAAGUUUGACCUACAGUACCAAUUUGCCAGGCAAAAGUAUGAGAUUAAUGUGCUAAGAAACCGUGUGAGCGACCACCAGAAAACAUCUAAGAGAACCAAGAGAGGCCUUAGGAAAUAGAGGACCUGCUAUCCUGAGUGUGCAGCAGAUUUGGCGGAGACUUGGCUUUCUCGCCACACCCAAGUUACACCAUUCCCCUCAAUAUGAUCCCUUCCAGUGAAUUUUAUUUCAGUAUAUAUAUCUAGUUUGUCCUGUUCAAACUGUAUUUUCUUUGAUUACCUUUGGAACAAUGAAUAACGUGUAGGUGUAAAUAAAACCUUAUUUCAUUCAGUG